GCCGGGGCCCCGCUCGCCUGGCCUGUGGGGCUCAGCGGCCUCUGUAAAUAGCAGCCAUGAGGCUCCUGGGUGCAGUGUCCUCGUGGGUCCCCGACGGUCAGGACGCCCCCUUCGCCUAGCGUGCGCUGCAGGAGUCAGCGUCCCGCACGCGCUCGUGAUGAGGAGGGGCCUGGCUCUCCUCGGCCUGGCCUUCCUGUGGCUGCUCCCGUCUGGGCGUCCUCAGCAGACGGCGGAAGAUGCCUGUUCCCUGCACAUCCUCGUCCCGGGCCUCAAAGGGGAUGCCGGACAGAAGGGGGACAAAGGUGCACCCGGACGGCCCGGAAGAGUCGGCCCCACGGGAGAGAAAGGAGACAUGGGUGACAAAGGACAGAAGGGCAGUGUGGGUCGCCAUGGAAAAAUUGGUCCCAUUGGUUCUAAAGGUGAAAAAGGAGAUUCUGGUGACAUAGGGCCCCCCGGCCCUAAUGGAGAACCAGGCAUCCCGUGUGAGUGCAGCCAGCUGAGGAAGGCCAUCGGGGAGACGGACAACCAGGUCAGCCAGCUGACGGCGGAGCUGAAAUUCAUAAAAAAUGCUGUCGCCGGCGUGCGCGAGACCGACAGCAAGAUCUACCUGCUGGUGAAGGAGGAGAAGCGCUACGUGGACGCGCAGCUGUCGUGCCAGGGCCGCGGGGGCACGCUGGGCAUGCCCAAGGACGAGGCGGCCAACGGGCUGAUGGCCGCCUACAUCGCGCAGGCCGGCCUGGCCCGCGUCUUCAUCGGCAUCAACGACCUGGAGAGGGAGGGCACGUUCGUGUACUCGGACCGCUCGCCCAUGCAGACCUUCAACAAGUGGCGCAGCGGCGAGCCCAACAACGCGUACGACGAGGAGGACUGCGUGGAGAUGGUGGCCUCGGGCGGCUGGAACGACGUGGCCUGCCACGUCACCAUGCACUUCCUGUGCGAGUUCGACAAGGAACACGUGUGAGCGCGCCGCGCACGUGUCCCCAGCGGAGCAGUGCGCGCGCGCGCGCGUGGGCCCGGACGCACCUGCCGCCUGCUCGGGGCGGGGCGGGGCGACGGCGGCCUCUGAACCGCAGAUGAGCGAGCGCCCGGGAGGAAAGAGGUUUCCGGGGGUUGUUUCUCAAGUGAGGUUUUAUCACUUAUAUUGUAGCCAAGUCUCAUUAUGGAAUCAUUACUCAGAAUUGCUCUUGC